CUUGAAGCUGGAAAAGUCUGCGGCCAAGUAUAAGCGUGGGCAUCCCAAGUGUUCUGCGGGGUAUUUUCACCCUCAACAAUCCUUCUUCAGUCAAAAUGUCCUACCCAGAGUCUCGAGUCAUGCAGAUGAAGUUUGGAGGCAUCAUCGCCAACCUGGAAGGGAGGAAUAACGCCUUUUUCCCUGACCCCGUUGAAAACAGCACCUUGGCUGAGCUCAACACGCGAGUCAGGCGUCUCGAAGCCAACCAUGGCAUCACUCUCGCCCCUGCUAGCUUGAACCCGACCUGGGACUCGCUGGCAUUGCGCAUCUGCCGAGUGAAGCAGAAGACGGAUCUGACCUACCCUCCCAAGGGAAUGGCCAACAACGACUUUUCUUCUAUGGUUCCCGACGACUUGGACAUUUCCAUCGACACACUGCAGACGCUUUGCUCGGACCUUGUCAGAUAUCACCCCUCAGCACCGGCGCCUUCGUGGCCGAAAUGCGCCCAUGAUGAUGAGAUGCUGGAUGUCAUCAGGCAGAGAAUGUGCCACGCCGCUGGAAGAAACAGAAUUGCCGUGACUCCAAUUCCCAUCACCCGGUUGGAAAUUUAUGCCCAGCUCAUUGGCAUUACCCUCAAGCUUGAAGAGGGAGAAUUGCCCAACAUGCGGGGUAUACCUGGACCUCCCUUACCACUACCACCUGUUCCCAAAAAGGCAUGCUGCGGCUGCUGUAUUUGCGCAUGCCACACACCUCCUCCAAAGCACCAAGGAAUCUAUGUUCAUGAGAACAGGAGGACCCCGCCAAGCUACGGCUACGGCAGUGAAAGGGAAGUGCCAAAGCGAAAGACCUUUGGAUUCGGAUGGCUUAAGGGAUUGGCCUUUUGGCGGCGAUCCAAGGGUAACGAUGAUGCGUCAUCGUACACAAGCCGAACAGGAAGCACCUUUGUAGACCGCUACUAGAAGUGUGGUCGCUAAGAUGGAAUGGUGGUGGAUGUCUCUAGCUUGGUUUUAAUCGGAAUUUCUUUCGCUCUCCAGAUUUGCUGCAUCCCUUCAACCAAUUGCGUAGGACACCGUACCACAAGCUUUAGCUAACCAAAGUGUACCAUUCCAAAAUCGACAAGACGCUGCAACAUACCUUGGGUAAUAAAGUACAAGACCAUAUCCUUGAGUCGUGGCAUAUUAUGUGACAUGAUAGAGGGCAGACCCGUGGAUGAAGAAUGCGCGUAUUAAUUUUGCAAUCAACCCUGCAAAUGACAAGGGUCGCUAUUCAUGCAUGGAUUAAUGAGCCAAAUCCUUUCUUGGCCAAUGAAACACC